CCACACCAUGAUCUAACUAACACACUCUCCCACGUCAAUUUAUUUUCCCAAGCAGACGCGAAGAGAAUGCAAUGUGACUCUAUUAAUUGAGAAGUAGUUUUUAUUUUUUUUUCGUUCAUUAUGAUGUUUAUUUCCUUUUAUUAUUAGUUACAUAUUUUCAUUAUCCACGGUUAAGUUUAUACAUAUCUUAUAUAAAAUUACAAGUGAACGCUGUCCCAAUAUGCCGAAUCAAGUAAAAAGCCGUGAUAAGAAUUGUACAAUAGACCGAUUCGGGGAUCAUGGUGGCUUUUUCGACAAAGUUGUUAGACCAAUGUUGCAACAAGGCCACGAGGGUGAACUGUGCCUUUGGCUCAGAGAAAUGAGUCUACUCCGAACAUUUACUAAUUGCCCCCAGGAAGAUUGCAAUGGAAGGAAUUUGACUUGGCGUCCAGCAAGAAUUAUCGACAAGUACAAGUGGACGUGUACCUGUUGCAAAAAAGUCCAACCCAUAAGAGAUCACUCAUUCUUCAUGUCAAUUAAAUGUGAUUUAAAGAUGUGCCUUCAGAUUAUUUUAGCCUGGUGUCAAGCUAUUCCCAGCGAUAUCACGGCGAACGAUUUAGGAAUAAAAGAACAUGUAGUUAAAAAAGUUUACGAAAGAUGUGGAAAAGUUGUGGAAGCCUACGUUACAAGACAUUCAGAGGAGUGGAUUUUGGGAGGACCGGGCUCAAUAAUUAUUGUGGAUGAAUUUCCCGGUGGUUACAUGUCGGAAAAUUCGCUAGACAAUACGAAUUGCAGGAAACGAAACAACAACUCACACACGAUAUUGUGUAUCGCUGAAGCAAAUCUUACGACGAUUCAUCCUGCGGUUCCUCCUCGGAUGUGGUUGCACAUGAUAGACGCUAAUCCUGUGCCUACAAAAAUAGAUAGAAAUGACACAACCAAAAGCAAAUGCGGUAUGGUAGAAGAAGCUUUGAGUGAAAUUAAUCAGCACGUCUUGCCUGGUAGUUAUGUUGUCGCAAAUGGCCGCGCACGUUGUUGCAAUUACGAGUCUGUUAAAGAGUUGAAGCAAUAUGCAGCUCUGAGUGUCGAGUAUCUUCAAAAAUUUGAUUCUUCCAACAGAAACAAAUUCGCCAAUACCCUAGAAACUAUAUGGCAGACUGGAAUUGACGUCUGCGAAGAAGUUCAAGAUGCUACUCGUUCCUUUGGUCAAAAUAUUCUGGCGACAUAUUUGUGGAGACAGAGGUUUGCCAUUUCACCAUUUCAGUCGAUUUUGACUCACAUUGUAGAAUACUAUAGAUUUACCUAAUCAAGUGAUUAACACUAUUAAGGGUGGACUAGAAUCCGAAAGUUUCUAAAAAGUCAGACCAAACAUCUGAAUGUUGCCCUAGAAGCUUCUGAUUGGUUAAUACAGUGACCUUUUGCCUAUUUCAAGGCGCAUCUAUUUCAAGUCCCCCAUGCUGGGCUAUUUCAAAUUAUGCAGUUCCAUUACUUCCCAAGACGGUUCCUGUACGAUCUCGUCCGCGUCAGUGGCUUACCAAUUAAAAAGAGGCCUGACGAGCGGGAACCCCACAUUGGUUUGAAUUAAGUAUUUAAGGUAGUCCGGCUUUUGGAUCGAUCAGAUGAAAAAUCAUUAAAAUUAGAUUUUUUUGCGGAGAAAUGUGUCCUCUUUCACGUAAUGCCUUUUUAGGGGCCCUUUCCAGAUUAAAAUUUGAAUUAUCACUGUUUAAAGUCGUAUGAAAAAACAUGGGAUCUUAUGGAGAGGCCUUUCGCGGGCUCCUAAAAUGGUUAAUUUUGGCUUUAAAACACGUUGAAUAUUUUUAGGAAAACUUUUUUCCAGACAGAAAAUAUAAUGCAAAAUUUGAAUUACUGCCCAUUUAUACUUGCUUCCAAGAUAUUUGAGCUUGAUUUGAGCAAAAUGUAGCUACAAUCAAGUCAAAUCAUCAUUUAAAUUUAAAUUUUAUUAUUAUUUAAAAAACAUUUGAUUUAUAUUGAUCAGCAUAACAUUUUUUUACCUAAUUUAGUAGAUGAUAUCCUGGCCAAAUUUUGUAUUUAAUUAAAAAUUUCAGAAAAAAAAUUCAUAUAGCUUUGACUAGCUUUCCCAUUAGCCGGCCUACUUUAAGCAUGACAUCAUGGGAAUGCAUACUAGUUUUUUGGAGAAAUAUUCUAAACAUAAAAGUAAGCCAUAAAUGUGCGAAUAGUAAUUGAGGAUAGUUGAUAGUAUUCCGUAAUACUGAAAGGUCUUCAACUGAUAAAAAGAUGGAACAGAAUUGCGCAAAUGCAUUACACACUUGUACAAUAUCACUAUUCAGACCUUUAUAACAUACUUUUUAUGUUUAAAAAUAUUUUCUGCAAAAAGGUGUAUGCAGUCCCAUGUCAAGAUGUUCCAACUAUGCUACCUUCCUGACAUUUCCACAUAUCCUAGCAUGACCGGGAUGUCAUUCUCCAUUAUUCAAUAGUCCGCGAAAUAUAUGAGUCAUUUUUUGACUCUAUUAUAUUGAUUUUUAGUUGGCAAAUUGUAUUUAUUCAAGGGAAUGUUAUAUUUCUCACGUUGUACGUCAACAAAAACACUAACAUGCAUGAUGCGCAACAUGCUUACAGCUUACGCAUCGAUACAAGGCCUGGUCCACCAUAGGGACCCUGUAGUGAGGGAUGCGCCAAACAGGCACAGCUGAGUGCGGAUUGGUCGAGCGAGAAGAGAGCGAUACUUUCGUUCCAAGAGUAGAUACUGUACAGUUAUUGAAAUUUGCUAUAGCUACACGCUUCGGUACCUUCGAUGUGCUUAGUGUUUGUCGUGUUCGUUGCCGUUUAAAUACAUCGCGCCUUCUACCGCUGACUCCAACUUGCGUUCCAACUCCCCCCUCCACAUAGCCUUUAGCGCGUCCCUCACUACAGGGUCCCUAGGCCGUCAAUGAAGGUCGCCUGAAAAAAAUUACCGGACUUGCGAUAGAGCAGUGGUCGGCAAACUUUUUGCUUAAUUUU